AUGGCCAAUGCAUUAAUACAAUCCGCCAGUGAUGCUCCUGUGUUUGGCUCAACACCUCGUGGACGUACAUUAUCAACACGUUCGACCUCUAUGAGUCUGACAAAUGCCACCGUUCACCUAAAAUGUUUACAAGAAGCGAUUGGUGAAGCACGUAAAAGUCUUGAUGAAGGUGGUAUACCUAUUGGAUGUGUUCUAGUACAUAGUGUCGAAGGCAUUGUGGGUCGCGGACAUAAUCAACGUAUCCAACUUGGUAGUGUCAUUCAUCAUGCUGAAAUGAAUUGUUUGGAAAAUGUAGGUAGAAAACCUGCCUCAUUCUACCGAGAUUGUACGUUAUACACAACAUUGUCACCUUGUGCAAUGUGCAGUGGAGCGGUGUUACUGUAUGGAAUACCAGUGGUGGUUAUUGGUGAAAACAAAACAUUUCAGGGCGAUGAACAACAUUUAAAAAAUAACGGUGUUGCACUGGAACAUAUGAAAUCAAAAGAAUGUGAAGAUAUGAUGAAACGGUUUAUUGAAACAAACCCCCAACUAUGGUAUGAAGAUAUUGGGCAAGUAGAUAAUAAAGAAAAAAGAACUCAAUCACGUACUUAA